AUUGUCACGACUCCAACAAAGCACCUAACACUCAAACUUUCUGAUAUUUUUGUUUAAAAGCAGGAGGAUCAAAACCAUCGACAAACAACAACCAUACCAUAUGAUGAGUUCACAGACCAAUAAAUUUCCACUUUUGGUCAGUGAUGAGUCAGCUUCUCAUGAGCAAAACCAUAAGAAGAUUUGGAGAAGCAAAACUCUCUGCUAUUUUCUUGGUUUCUUCAUCAUUUCAAGCGUUAUAUUUGGUGGGGAUUUGAGUUGCUGGAUACUAGGAAGAGGAAGCACUUAUGGGGAAUUGCUUAAACAUAAUGAAGCUGAAAUUGUGGAGUCAGAACAAGGUGUUGUUGCUGCUGACGAUGGCCGAUGUUCCGAAAUCGGUGCAUCAAUGCUUCGACAAGGCGGACAUGCUGUUGAUGCUGCAGUCGCAACAGCAUUAUGUGUUGGUGUUGUUAGUCCAAUGUCUAGCGGAAUUGGAGGCGGAGCUUUCAUGGUAGUUAGAUCUUCAUCGACUUUGAAAACUCAAGCUUUCGACAUGAGGGAGACUGCUCCCUUAGCUGCUUCCAAGAACAUGUAUGCUAAUAAUCUUGAAGACAAGUAUUUGGGUCCACUAUCCAUCGGAGUUCCAGGUGAAAUUGCUGGCCUGCAUGAAGCAUGGUCACGCCAUGGACGUUUGGCUUGGAGGAAUUUAUUCCAACCUUCUAUAAAACUUGCAAAAAAUGGCUUUAUUGUUAGUCCUUAUUUUGCAAAAGAAAUAAAGGAUUCUGGAGGAAAGAUCAUGAGUGAUCCUGGACUUCGAGAAGUGUUUGCACCAAAUGGAAAGUUAUUACGAGCUGGUGAUGUGUGCUACAACGCGAAACUAGCACAGAGCUUGGAGGCAAUUGCAGAACAAGGACCACAAGCUAUGUAUAAUGGCACUAUUGGUGAGCAGUUGGUUAAGGAUGUAAGAAAGGCUGGUGGGAUAUUGACAAUGGCAGAUCUACAGAAUUACAAGGUAGAAAUAACCGAUGCGGUGGCAGCAAACGUGAUGGGUUACACAAUACACGGAAUGCCACCACCUUCUGGGGGCACACUCGGGAUGUCUAUGGUUUUGAACAUCUUAGAUAGUUAUGGAACUACGGAUGCCACGAAAGGGAAUGUUGGUCUGCAUCGCUUAAUUGAAGCGAUGAAACACAUGUUCGCUGUCCGAAUGAACUUGGGCGACCCUAAGUUUGUCGACAUUAAGAAGUACGUGUCUGAAAUGCUUUCUCCAGCUUAUGCAGAGCAAAUACGGAAAAGGAUAGUAGAUAAUACCACCUUUCCUCCAGAAUACUAUAUGAACAGGUGGAGUCAGCUUAGAGAUCACGGAACAAGCCAUUUUUGCAUUGUUGAUGCCGAGAGAAAUGCUGUAUCAAUGACAACCACCAUAAAUUUCCCUUUCGGAGCUGGAUUACUCUCCCCAUCCACCGGUAUCUUGCUCAACAAUGAGAUGGGGGACUUCUCCGCACCAACUGAGAUAACUGUAGACAUGCUUCCUCCUGCUCCGGCAAAUUUUAUCGAAUCCAACAAGAGACCCUUAUCUUCCAUGACUCCCAUAAUUGUCACCAAGGAUGAUCAGGUGGUAGGGGUGUUAGGCGGCAGCGGCGGAAUGGACAUCAUUCCAGCGGUAGUCCAAGUUUUUAUGAACCAUUUUGUUUUGGGGUUAGAACCAUUAAUUGCAGUUGAGAAGCCAAGAGUCUAUCACAGGUUAGUGCCUAAUAUAGUUAAGUAUGAGGACUGGACUGUGAUCGACGGUGAGCACAUAGAGCUCGCCAACAAGACAAAGUUGUUCUUACAAGAAAGGGGGCAUAAGUUGGUCGCGAAGGCAGGAGGAGCUAUAGUCCAGUUUGUUGUUCAAACGCUUCCGAACCCAAUUGAGACAGGUCGUAAAACUGGAAGAGACUUGCAAACUGCCAUGCUUUUGCACGGAAAAUUGACAGCGGUAAGUGAUCCCAGAAAGAAUGGGAGUCCAGCAGCAGUUUGAUCUAUAAGUUAAGUUCUACAGCGGUAAAAGACUACUGGCAGAUUGUACAAGCUAGUGUGUGGAACUGCUUUGUAAUGUAAGGAAUUAGUCCACUUCUUGUAUAUAGAACUUAUGAACAAUAAUAUUGUUUGUAAGAAAAUUCAGUCAAUUCAUCCAUGUUCGGUUUUCACAACA